AUGAGUCCGGCUGCUACUUAUACCCUGCGCCCGCUGGAGCGCAAUCCGCCUAGCAUUCCCACCAAUGCGCUCGAGGGCGGUGCUUUUCGCGUCCAUCUGUCGGCCAAAGAACUCAAGGCUCUCGGGCUCAGCAAUGGCGACUGCGUCCGGCUUAGCACUGCAGCAGGCUUCAGAGGCUACGCUGUUGCAUGGCUCGCCUCGCAGACCAACGCCGGGAACAAACCCAUUGCCAAGGUGACCGAUCUUUUACGGGAGCACUAUGACCUCGCGCUCAAUGAUCCUGUUUUCAUUGAAAAGGCCGCCUCGUGGAAGCCUCUCAAGUCAAUCGAGAUCAGCAUUUCCGAGUCACCAACUCAGACUGCCAAGUUUGCCUCGGGCGAGCAACUUUUAUAUUGGCUUCGCCAUGCACUGGCAGCAGACACAGAUAUCCUCCUGCCAGGAUGCAGUUUUCCAAUUCAGCAAAAGAGCUUCAGGCAAAAAGGCCAAAAGGUCCGGGUCACAGUGCAAAGUAUUGACCCACUCCCGACCGAGAAACAUGCCGUAUAUUUUGAUGAGACUGCUACUCACAUCACCACUUUGGGUGAUUUCACGCCUGAACAGUCGCCCCCAAAGCCGUCAGGUGUACUUCAAUUAAGGCCUGAUGGGAUCGGCGGUCUUUCUAACCACAUUGCAGCCAUCAAUGAAGAUCUUUCCUUUCUUACCAACAGCCAACCUUAUCUGAACAACCGACACCUUCUUGGGCCUACCACCUUCCUUUUGCACGGGCCAGAGGGUACUGGAAAGACUCUUUUGCUUGAGAGACUCGCCGAGUGUCCGUGGACUGAAGUCUACAGGAUCAAUCCCGAUACAAAUCCCAAAGGCCAAGCCAAAGCCCUCUCUGAUGUCUUCCAAGAUGCCCGUGAAAAUCAGCCAAGCCUAAUAUUGAUGGACAAUCUAGAUCGGCUUUUAGACAAGGCCGACUCAUUAGUAAACAGGCUUCGAAUUGAGCUCGCUACUCUGGGAGGAAGCCAAGUCGUUGUCGUAGCAGCAGCGCGCAGCGUGUAUGAUGUGGACUCCAGCCUUCGAACAGCGACUGCUUUUCAGACCGAGCUUGAGUUGCUACCACCAAAUGCAAAGCAGAGAGAAGACAUUAUACGCCAGAUACUGGGGCCUGCUUGCAAUAUCCCACACGUUGACCUGAGCGCUCUCGCAGAACGGUCACACGGUUUCGUAGGUCGCGAUAUUGCUAGUCUUUGCUACCUUGCUAGGAAGCACCAUACGAGGCGGAUAGACAAGUUGUUGAACGGGAAAGACAAGACCGAGCUUGGCAAGGUAGAUGAAGAAACCGACUUUGUCGAGCAGGAGGAUUUUGAGGCCGUGAUAGAGCAAGUGCGUCCCACGGUGCUAAAGGAUAGCAUUCUCGAAGUGCCAAAAGUCAGGUGGACGGACAUUGCUGGCCUGGAUCAUGUACGGGCUGUGCUAGAAGCCAUUACCGUUCGCCCGUUCAAGUACCCUGACCUCGACGUCAAAUUCGGUGGGCCUCAGUCGCGCAAAGGCGUUCUCCUCUACGGCCCACCGGGAUGCGCGAAGACCCUGAUUGCACAGGCCGUCGCGACUGAAAGCAGGCAGAACUUCCUUGCCGUAAAGGGAUCCGAACUCAUCAAAAUGUACGUGGGUGAGUCUGAACGAGCAAUUCGGGAUGUUUUCCGAAGAGCACGAGCAGCGAAACCUUGCAUCAUCUUCUUUGACGAGAUUGAUUCCAUCGGAAAGUCGCGUGAAAAGACGCAGGACAGUGGGUUGAAUGUUGUGACGACAUUACUCAACGAGAUGGACGGUAUCGAGGCGCUAAAGGAUGUCUUCAUCAUCGGCGCAACCAAUAGGCCCGAUAUUCUCGAUUCAGCACUUAUUCGGACGGGCCGGUUUGAUGCGCACAUCCACAUUGGUCUGCCGACGGAAGAAGCACGGAAGCAAAUUCUACAAAUUCAUACCAGAUCGAGACCGCUCGCAGCCGACGUUGACUUGGAUGUUGUUGCCAAACGAACAGAGGGCAGCAGUGGCGCAGAUAUUAGCGGCCUGUGUGCUGUCGCUGUUGAACUGGCAAUUACCGACUACACGAUGUGUCCGGACAGCGCACCUCAGGUUUACAUGCGCCACUUUGAGCAGGCACUACACCAACACGUUCCCCAUACAAUCGCAGCUGAGGCGGAGCGAUAUAGGAACUGGAGGCCUGGCAAGUCGCUGUCUGAAGAUUGA